UCAGUAACGGGUUUUUAUUGGCUGUAUGUUAAUGAAAAUGUGACAUCAUGCCUCAUUAAGUAUUUGUCCGCCGAUGCGUGUACACUUUUUGUAAUGUUCCGCGGCACCUGAUUGUGAAGUGGUUCUGGCUCCCGUUUGUUUAAUAAUCAGUGGGCAAUGGGUUCAAAUCCUGCACUGGGUGUCUAUUUUUAAUAUCCGGCAAGACAUUUAACCAUAUUCCGCUGUGAUCAUCCCAGGUGAGGUAAAUGGAAACUUCAUUCCUUGAAACGCGGUGCAGGGAAACUACCAUGUGGUAGAACCAGUGGAAUUAUGCACUUUUAUAAGGACUUUUGUUCAGCAGGAUUCAAGCACAGUUAAUAACCACCAUUACUAUCAAUAUUAUUACUAUUGUUAUCAUCUUGUACUGCUUAACAUCUAAUAGGUAAUAAGUGAUUUCAUGUCGUAUAACAUGGAUUUGAACAAGGGCACAACGUUUCAGAACUUACAAGCUCGCCAUUUUGAAACAAAAUUGAAGAUGGCGCCACUUUCUACAUUCAAGGAUAUCGAAUGGAACGGGGAAGCUUCACCGUGGAUCACAGAUGCACAGGAAUUUGUUGCUGCCUUCCCCAAGAACCUUACAACAUCAGUGACUAUCUACAACAUUGGGUAUACCGACCAACGUCCAUUUGAAAAAUCCAAGCCUUCUGUGUUAAUAGACGACGAGGAAGUGGUCAACAUAAUCACAACGUCAAAUGUCGAAUUUCCAUUUAACCCUAUCGACAUCUCGGCCUUCAUGAACUCGGCCAACGAGAUCGCUGGAAAGAUGAAAAAUCAAGAGGCCGUCAUGCGGAUUGUUAAAGGAGAUGGAUAUGGGGACAGCGCCACCUGUCGGGCGAUCAAUGAAGUACUGGUACUUCAAUCACAUGAACAGCAGCAGGAGCAAGAACAGCAGCAACCACACAGGAGAUGUAACGACUGCAUCGACCAACAACAUCUGCAGGAGAUGCAAAAACCACUCAGAGCAUCAUCAGCAAAAAUCAACAGCAGCAGCAGCAGCACUUAAGAAAUGAAUCUAAUUGAAACUCCUGCACAAAUGCCAAUGAGGAAACAGUUUUCAGACAUUAUUCAUUUACAAAAUGAGACAUCAUUUAUUCAUUAUUUUACAGGAUAAAGAAAAAGUUUUUUUUUAAGUGUAAAUUUGCAGGAACACAAUGCAUGUUCCCUAUGUAUCUAUUUAUUGAAAUAAAUUUAAAUUUAAACAGGAUAAAUGAUGUUUCAAUAAAUAUCUACUUUCUGUCAAUGAGUAAAAAUACCUGCAAUAUCUUUUAAUUUUCUAUUUAAAAUGACAAAAACCAAUUUAUCAAAUAAAAAUCAUCAAAAAAUUGACCAAUAAGGCUGCUUAGGCCCUCAAAAAUAGAUUAGUCGGAAAAUAGAAGACCACUGAAAACAUUUUUAGAAUUAGUUGGUGGUUUCCACAAAUUUGUCGCUGAUUUCUGUGACAAAUUUUCAUGAAAUAGAAUUUAGUCGGAGAAAACCUCUGACUAAUUGUUUGAUGAAACACCCCCUGGGAUAAUUGCCAGUAAUCCAGUCAUUUUUGGUAUUUUGAUGAAAUAGCUGUUUCUGCCGCAAUAUUUGACGCAGCUAUUUGAACUGCGUCAAAUAUUGCCGCAGAAAAAAUGUCAUUUGCCGCAGAAAGUAUCUGCGGCAA